CUGGACGGGAAGGUGAAGACCAGCAGGACCAUCCGGCCCCUGGCCUUGCCCGCAGGGCGCCAGGCAGUGGCGGCGGGAGCUCGGUGCAGCUUGGCCGGCUGGGGGCUCACCCACCAGAACGGGCCCCUGGCCAGGGCGCUGCAGGAGCUGGACCUGCGCGUGCUGGACGCCCGGAUGUGCAACAACAGCCGCUUCUGGGACGGCGCCAUCACCCCCCGAAUGCUCUGCCUGGAGGCCCCGUCCAAGGGCCAGGGCCCCUGCAAGGGCGACUCAGGCGGGCCCCUGGUGUGCAGCAGGGGCAAGGUGGCUGGAAUCCUGUCCUUCAGCUCCAAGGCCUGCACCAACAUCUUCAAACCUCCCGUGGCCACCGCCGUGGCCCCCUACGUGUCCUGGAUCCGGAAGAUCAUCAGACACUGACCGUCUCCGCCUGGGCCUGAGCUCCAGGGGUUACCCCGAGUCCCCGGCUUGGAGGGACCCUUCCCCUGCAGGUCACGUGGAGGGCAGAGAGGGGACCGCCCCGUCUCAGAGGACCAAUAAAUCCUAGUGAGGCAAACUGGAUUCUGAGCCGACUUCUGCCCGUGCUGGCUGCGUGGCCUUGCGCAAGCCUCAGUUUCCCCACUCAUAAAACAAAGGUUGCACUGAGGCUGCUCGGGGGAGCCCGGUGGCUGCUCCCAGGAGUGGGGACUGCAGAGGGCAGCGUUGGCUGGUGCCGGAGCCACAGCCAGAGCCUUGGCCAGCAGGGGGCGGGCAGGGCCGUGCUGGUCUGCGGUGAGCACCAGUGUGUGCCGGGUGCCGGGCCUGGGGAGCAGGCGGGGAGCCAGCAACAAAAACAUCCAGACCCUUCUUCUUCCUCUCAUUUUUUUGGUAACAUCUUUACUGAGAUGUAAGUCACGUGCCAUGUAACUCACCCUUUUAAAGUGUGUAAAUCAGUGGGUUUUAGUACAUUCACAGUGUUGUGCGCCCAUCACCAUGA